CCCUGCUCCAGGGGAUCAGGGGAUUACACGAGUGUCAGUCCAAGUCACCCAGUUCUUCCACUCUACACUGACCGGAUGACCGCACGUCUACUCGCGGAGAUAUGGACCUAAUCAUUUAACAAGUCGCUAUUGGAUUUGUAUCGGCAUUAUCAGUUUGAUUUGCAGGUGUGAUGGGGAACUCGUAUGCAGGCCAGUUGAGGACCACGCGUUUUGAGGAGGUGCUUCAUAACUCCAUCGAGGCUUCUCUCCGCUCCAACACUGUGGUGCCACGGCCUGUCUUCUCACAGCUCUACCUGGAGGCAAAGCAGCCAACCCUGCACAACGGCCAGGUAGAGAAUGAGGAGGAGGAAGAUGGCUCAGAGUCCAACAGCCCUCCCAUCCCGUACAAGAUGAAGCCCCCGCCAGAGGGAUGCUGCACCACGGACGGAUUCUGCCAGGCGGGUAGAGACCUGCGUCUAUCCUCUCUGGUGUCAGAGCCUCAAGACGUGCCCCCAGGAUUCCUGCUGGUAGGGGCCCUGUCUGCAGGCGCACCAGACACCCUGCUGGUGUGUGCAGUCGACCGCAGGUUCCUGCCCGAUGAACGGGGAUGCAACGCACUGCUGGGGUUCUCGGGGAACUGUAUGGGUUGUGGAGAGAAGGGUUUUCGCUACUUCACAGAAUUCUCCAACCACAUCAACCUGAAGCUGAGCACCCAGCCCAAGAAACAGAAGCUCUUAAAGUACCAUCUGUACAGGAACGACCAGGGACAGCUGGUCAGAGGGGCUGCUAUCUGCUGGAAGGGCCUCGAGAGCAGAGGGAGACAGACAGUGCCCAACGCCUCUGACGGGCAUGUAACCUCAGACAAUCACUACCCCAACCCAGCAGUCACCGCUCACCCUGCACACACACCCGGGAACUACACAGCCGACACCCCUGUAGAACCCAUUGCCCCCCCUCCCCCGGGCAACGGGAGCCACAUCCCCCUAUCCCAGAAUCCUCUGCCCCAGACUGCCAUACUGUCGAAAGGACCGGGGAGACCCACAGUUAUAGGUACACUCAAUACAGGACCACCUAAAAAGAGACACAAAGGCUGGUCUCCUGAGUCUUCUGCUGGGGCUGAGUCUGCUGUGAAGACCCCCCCAUCUUCCUCCUCCUCUUCCUCAUCACGCACCAAUUGGACCAAACCAGACAAUGCCCCUCCAGUGAGUCUGUCCCAGGGGUCCUCCAACCCCCCCUCUUCUCCCGGGCCGUCUGUCACAGUGCCUGAUCAGCUGCUACACACCUGCAGACUCCAGCCAGUCAUCUUCAGAGGUCAUGGCAGCCUACCUCGGCUGAGUGGUAAGGUGUCUGAUGUGCAGGUCAGUUCCCUGCUCCAGAGCUGCUAUCAGAACUGCCAGGCCCUGCCCAGGGUCUACCAACACUACGGACCCUCUCCCAUACAGCCCCUGUCUGUAGAGAUGCAGAUACUACUCACUGUAUACUACCUGGUGCAACUAGGCCCAGACCAGGUCCCGCUGAUUGAGGACCUGGAGCAGAUCUUCAUGCGUUCCUGGAGAGAGUCCCACCUCAGUGAGAUCCACCAGUACCAGCAGCCCCAGCCUGGCCUCUCCCUCCCCCAGGCUCCCUACACCCUGCCUGGGCUUCCACUGCCCCAGGCCCAGCCCCUCACCCCCUCCCAGCUGCCCUGGCUGGCCAACCUGGCAGCCUCGUCAUGUGGGGGUGGAGUGGUGGUUCUGGGGGAGAAGGCCUCGAUGGCUCUGGGGCUGGCUGACACCUUCAGUAGGCUGAUGGAGGGACAGCUGGCUCAUACCAACUAUGUGGUCAUCAUCUGUACAGCCAAGGGACAGGAGACAGAGUCCUGCAUGGUGGUGACAGGUCAACACCAGUGUCGUGCCCUGACUGAGGGGAUGUUCAGUCCCAGUGAUAGUCUGAGAGAGAUCAGUCAACAGCUGUCCUCUGGCAUGACCCAGGAGCUCACUACCUUAUGCAACUCUCUGGGACCUGAAGGUGAUGUAGAUGUAUUGCUGGAGAGUGCUGCUGUGGAGAGCAGGAGCCAACUGACCCCCCUGUCCAUCAGUCAGGAGUGUACAGGAGACAGCAGGCCUAUCGACAGACAGACGGCCAGAGCUACAGGCAUCCCCAAAGAGCCAGCCAGAGACACACACACAGACAGAGCAGAGAGACCCAAGGCAUCCUGCUCAGGUGAGACACACACACAGACAGAGCAGAGACCCAAGGCAUCCUGCUCAGAGUACCGUGUGGAGUGGCGGGAGGUACGGCCCAUCCAGUUGGUGGUAGCCAGGAAGCUGCUGUCCCAUGUGUGUGCCAUCGCUGACUCCAGCACUCAGAACCUGGACCUGGGCUCCUUCGACAGGGUCCACUUCCUCAUUUGUGUCCCUCCUUCUGAGGUCACCUUCCAACAGACUGUACUGCAUCUCUGGAACUCAGGUGUCCUACAGAAUCUGGGGUUGGAGCAAGACUGUCUGUCUCAGAGAGAGGCAGAGCGCUACGUGGUGAAGAUGGACAAGGAAGCCAGGGCGCGCAUUGAUGACCUCAUACAGGAAGCAAACAGGAACCCCAACACACUCUUCAUCCUGGUUCAUGACCACGCUCACUGGGACAUCAGCAGUGGAGGGUAUGGUGCCAGCGGUGGUGACUCCGGCAGUGGGUUGGUGGACAGCCUGCUCAACUCCUGUCAGAUCAGAGACGCCAACAACAUCCUGACUCUCCACGUCACCUCGUUCCCCUUUGCCCUGCAGACACAACACACACGCAUCAGCCCUUACAACGAGAUACACUGGCCCUCUGCUUUCAAUAAUGAAGUGGAUCUGUACCUUGAGAAGACACAGUACUUUGGUGUGUCUGAGCUGCUGGACUCGACUCGUUCAGGCAGCGGUCUGCCUCUCCUCCGCUACGACAGCUCCUUCGAAAGCAUGGCCUCUGUCCUGGAGGAGAGGUUCCCCAAGCUACACAGUGCAGUGAUCCGGACCCAGGUUUUAAUACAACACUACUGUGUGGCCAUGAUGGCCGUGUCGGGUCGGUCUGGCUCAGGGGGGCGAAGCCAACAUAAACACACCUCCGUCGAGACGCUGGAGAUCGUCCAGAGCCUGCUUAGCUCCGCCCAGCGAUGCCCCUCCCACCACGGGCACAUGGUGCUGCUACGGCUCCCCUCAUUGGCUCUGGCAGGGUGGGCCCACCAACGGCUGGUGUGGAUCAGACAGAGACUGGGGCUGGGGGAGCGCUUUGAGAUCAUCCUAGGAAACCCCAGCCAAACCCUCAGCAUAGGACAGAGCUUCACUGAGCGCAUCAAGACAUGGCUGAAGAUCCAGGAGACAGACUGGGUUCCUCGUACCUACCUGGAGCUAGAGGCCCUGCCCUGCAUCCUCAUCCUCUCUGGGGCAGACCCCCUGGGAGAGUCCCUACCCAGAUCACUGAAGUACUGUGAUCUGCGUGUGAUAAGCUCCUACUACCUGCAGCGCACGGCGUUGGAGCAGGAGCUAGGAUUGGCGGCCUACCUGGUGAGGGUGGAGUCCCAGGGGUCACAACCCCACGGCCACGCCCCCGGCCUGGGCAGUGACCUAUCAGAGAGCGACUCAGACAAACUCAACAGCACCGACAACGAGGAGAAGGAGGGGGAAGAGAAUGCUCUGAAAUCUGACCUCCCUGGCUUGGGUCACACCGCUCCCUCUCUCCCUCACCCUCCCUCAGUUCUCCAGCCCCCCCGAACCUUCCCCGACAGCAUUGCUGCGGACCCCCUCCAUCCCCACACCACCCCCCCAGACCCUCACCGCCCCCCCAACACCCAGCGCCGGCCCUCCAAGUCCACUUCCUUGGAUUCCUCCUCCCCCCUACCCCCCUCUCUCCUUCAGGGCUGCUCCUGGGCACGGGGGGUGAGCCGCCCCCCUUCCCUGCUGCUGCCCCGGGGACUCUAUGACAUCAUCAAGGCGUGCCACGGCAGCGGGCUGCCUCGCUGCACCUCCUUCUUACCACACCGGUCUGUGACCUGGGCCAGCUCCUUCAGACCUCUGCUGAGUAAGAUGAUGACGUGUACAGAACAGUCUCUGUAUUACCGCCAGUGGACCAUCCCACGGCCUCACCACAUGGACAGCAGCAACCGCCCUGCAAAGGGGUGCACAGACAACUUCCAUCCCCGCAGACUGCUGCUCAGCGGACCCCCGCAGGUAUACACAGAGAUACACACAUGCAGACUGCUGCUCAGCGGACCCCCGCAGGUAUACACAAAACUACACACAUGCAGACUGCUGCUCAGAGGACCCCCACAGGUAUACACAAAACUACACACAUGCAGACUGCUGCUCAGCGGACCCCCGCAGGUAUACACAAAACUACACACAUGCAGACUGCUGCUCAGCGGACCCCCGCAGGUGGGGAAGACAGGGGCGUACCUCCAGUUUCUGGGCAUCCUGUCUCGUAUGCUGAUCAGACUGAUGGAGGUGGACAUCUAUGAUGAGGAAGAUAUCAACUUCAGUGGUCAGCUGGAGCGUGUCCAGUACCAGUCAACCUGUGCCUCCUGGCCAGUCACAGACACACUGAGGGGCAUGCCGUUUGACUACACCGUCCACGACCCCAAAUAUGAAGACAUCAGCACUGUCUACUGCCCUGACUACUACCCCAACAUUGAUGGAAUCCCCAGACGUCAGGAGGACGUGUAUCUGCGGAGGCGUACGGACAGAAUCAAACUGUCUAAAUACGCAGCCUACAACACCUACCACCACUGUGAACAGUGUCACCAGUACAUGGCUUUCAACCCUGGAUACCAGAUGUAUGAGUUGACCCUGCAUGCCUUCACCUUCUCCCACCUGCUGCUGGGGGAGGAGAUCCAGCUCUACUUCAUCAUCCCCAAGUCUAAACAACACCACUUCAGCUUCAGCCAACCAGGGGGCCAGCUAGAGAGCAUGAGACUGCCCCUCACCUCCGAUUGGAACCCAGACUGUAUCAAGAGUCCCAUCUUCACCCCAACAACAGGUCGUCAUGAGCAUGGCCUGUUCAACCUGUAUCACGCCAUGGAUGGGGCGGCCCACCUCCACAUCCUGGUCAUCAAGGAGUAUGAGAUGGCUGUCUAUAAGAAGUACUGGCCCAACCACAUUAUGCUGGUGCUGCCCACCAUCUUCAAUGAAGCCGGGCUCGGUGCGGCCCACUUCCUGAUCAAGGAGCUGUCCUAUAACAACCUGGAGCUGGAACGCAGCCGCAGGGUGGAGGGAGGAGGGCCGCCAGCCGACGUCUGGCCCUUCAUCAUCCUCUCUGACGACUCCUGCGUCAUGUGGAACGCUGUGGACCUGGACUCACACAGUACCUCAGGCCCUGUAGAGAGGAGUGUGUCUCUGAAGCAGGUGCUGCAGCACAUGGAGGCGUGUCCUGACCUCACACAGUUCGGCCUCUGUGGGAUCAGGAAGUGGAGCAGUCACUCCCCAGGUCAGGGGUCAGGGGGAGGAGCUCGUCACAGGGAGCCUUUCUCCAGAGGACACCUCCACGACUUCCUGCUUCUAAACGUGGACCUGACCCAGGGCGUCCAGUUCAACCAGAACAGGUUUACGUGUGAUGAUGUGGACUUCACCCUGCGAGUCCACAGUGCUGGUCUGCUCAUCUGUCGUUUCAACAACUUCAGUGUGAUGAAGAAACAGAUCUCUAUUGGAGGAUACCACACCUUCAUCAUCAAGAACAAGAUGACUGACGUCCCCACCUCGGUCCAGCCGUCUCAGUAUAUCUGUGCCCCGGACAGCAAGCAUCCAUUCCUGGCCACGCCUGCACAGCUACUGCUGGAGAAAUACCUGCAACACACUAGCCUGUUCCCCCUUAGCACAUGCAACUACACACACCCCAUACUGUCUGUAGACUGCUACCUCAACCUGGGGCCUGAGGUGACGGUGUGUUUUGUGAGUUCUAGACCUCGCUCCAUCAACAUCUGUACUACAGGGCUGCUGUUCAGCGGCCUGCUGCUCUGCUUCUGGGAUUCCUUUGUCACGCCAGGAUUCCUAAAGAACUUUCACUUCCUCAAAGGGGCGGUUCUGUGUGUGAUAUGUGCUGACCGCAGCUCUCUGAGACAGACAGUGGUGAGGCUGGAGCUCGAGGACGAGUGGAGGUUCCGGCUGAGUGACGAGUUCCAGACAGCCAACGCUAAAGAGGACCGGCCCCUCUUCUUCCUCACAGGGAAACACAUAUGAACCCCCCCCCCCCUAACUCCUAAACCCAUGAAUCUCAACCCGUACCCCACAUCUUGAACCCUGCUGUAUGUUCAAAACAGAAAGCCAAAAACUGUCUGUACUCUUCUGGUGGAUCAAGCCAAUAACCCAUGAAGAGAGUAUCUGCUAGUGAAUAUAGCUUUGAGUCUGCGACUGGUAUGGCUCUGUUUACUGUAGCAUUGCUGUGGUAUUUACUACAAUACUACAAUACUCCAAUCAACCCUCCACCUCUCUGUUGUGAUUUGUUACAAGUCAUCAUUCCACAGUGCAUGCCACCAUUCUUAUUGUAGUUAAUGAAGUGUCGUUUUUUUGAUAUACAAUGAUUAAAUAUUUUGCAUAUAUUUUGACAGUUUUGUGUCAUGUAAAAAGUACUUAUCUAUGUAAAAGAAGAUGUUUUCUUUAGUGAUUUCACGCCAGUGUUCUUUAAGAGGUGUUACGUGAGGACUCAUGUGUAUGUGGCUCUCAUUUCUGACGCUCCAUGUUUGUGGUCUCCUGAUUAUCAAUAUGUUGAGAAACUUCAAUUGAUGUUGUCAUGUUCUAUAGACACAAUGUCCUGUAUGUUUUACAAUCUAUAAAUGUACAUAUUCUGAAAA